AUGGCGUCGGUCAAUCAGAUGGGCGAGGGUACCUUGCCCACAGUCUCCGAGCUUUUCUCCUUGCAGGGCAAGACGGCAAUCUGUACCGGAGGGACGGGAGGGCUAGGUUUGUCAAUGGCGAUUGCUCUGGCGGAGGCCGGGGCCGAUAUUGUGUCGAUUCAGAUGAAAGAGGAUCCGAGAGCACAUUUGCUUGAGGAAGGCGUCGAGGCCUGUGGGCGGAAGCUGUCGGUAUUUGAGGCCGAUGUUGCGGAUUCAGCCGGCUUAAGAGCUUGCUUUGCAAAGAUUUGGGCCAGUGGCGUCGUGCCCGAUAUCUUAUUAAACUGUGCCGGCAUCAACAGACGAGCCCAUGCGGAGGAUUUCACGGACGAGGACAUAGAUGCGAUUUUCCAAAUCAACCUCAAGGCAUCGUUCGUGGCAGCCCAAGAAAUGGGUCGAAAGCUGCUCGAGCUGAAACGGCCAGGCAAGAUCAUCAACAUUGCCUCCAUCAUCUCGUUUAUCGGCAAUAUCAACAUUGCCGCGUACGCGUGCACAAAAGGCGGCGUGUUGCAGAUGACAAAGGCAAUGAGUAACGAGUGGGCCUCCAAGGGCAUCAAUGUCAACUGUAUUUGUCCGGGAUAUAUCAAGACAGCAAUGACCAAGGUCUACACGGACGACCCGGAAUAUACCAAGUAUAUCAUUGGCAGAACACCGGCUGGUCGGUGGGGAUUACCUGAAGACUUCCGCGGGGCCAUCAUCUUCCUGGCAAGCAAGGCCAGUGACUUUGUGUGUGGCACAAGCAUAGUGGUGGAUGGAGGAAUGAUUGCAAAAUAA